AUGGAUGAGUUCUGUCAGUUGCAUCUUCAAGAAACUCAGCGCUCCUCCUUCACGACAUCUGAUUCUUUCAUGGCGCUGCUCCUCAAAUUUCCACGUCGCAAUGUCUUCACACGCCUCCGCAAGGAUAUGUACUCCCUUCACGGAAGCAGAGUUGGGAUUCCUCGUCUCUUCUUGUGGAAGAGAAGGCAAUAUUCGUUUAGGUUCUUGUCUCCAUGCUUCUAUUGUCAAGAACCCACCAUUCUUUGACAUCGGAGACCCAGAUAGUCGUAGAAGAGCUCAUGUAACUUAUAACUGUUUACUACAUCUGUAUUGCAAAUGCGGUGAACUCGAUGAUGCAGUUAAAAUGUUCGACGAUAUGCUCCUCAGGGAUACUGUUUCGUGGAAUUCACUUAUUUCAGGUUUCUUGAAACAUGGGCACUUGCAAUUAGGAUUUGGGUAUUUCAAAUCAUUGGUGGGUUCUAGUAUCUAUCGAUUUGAUUGUGCGAGCUUAACUUCGGUGCUAUCGGCUUGUGAUAGGCUGGAGGCAGUUAGAACUGUAAAGAUGAUACACGCAUUGGCGAUUUUGAAUGGUUAUGAGAAGGAAAUAACGGUGGGGAAUGCGUUAACCACAUCCUAUUUCAAAUGUCGAUCUUUUGGGUCGGGCAUGCGUGUUUUUGAUGAGAUGAUGGAGAGGAAUGUUGUUACUUGGACAGCUGCGAUUUCUGGUCUGGCGCAAAAUGAGUUUUAUGGUGAAAGUUUGAAGCUGUUUGUGGAAAUGUAUCACAGUGUGCUCUCUCCCAAUUAUUUAACGUAUUUGAGUGCACUUUCAGCAUGCUCUGGUCUACAAGCACUCAAAGAGGGUGCUCAAAUUCAUGGUGUUACUUGGAAGCUGGGGAUUCAAUCAGAUUUAUGCAUUGAAAGUGCCUUGAUGGAUAUGUAUUCGAAAUGUGGUUGUAUGGAGGAUGCUUGGCAGAUAUUCGAGUCUGCGGAGGUCCUUGAUGAGGUAUCUAUGACUGUUAUACUUGUGGGUUUUGCACAAAAUGGUUUUGAGGAGGAGGCUAUAAAGAUGUUUGUGAAGAUAGUAAAGGCAGGAAACAAUGUAGACCCAAACAUGAUUUCUGCCAUUCUUGGGGUGUUUGGUACUGAUACUUCUCAGGGUCUUGGUGUACAAGUUCAUUCUUUGGUUAUCAAGAGAGGUUUUGACUCUAAUGUCUUUGUCAACAAUGGCUUGAUCAACAUGUAUUCCAAAUGUGGGGAGUUGGAAGAAUCUGUUAAGGUCUUUGAUUGGAUGACUCAGAAAAAUCAAGUUUCAUGGAACUCCAUAAUUGCAGCAUUUGCUCGUCAUGGGGAUGGCUUGAAAGCACUACAAUUUUAUGAAGAAAUGAGGUUGCAAGGUGUGGAGCCAACGGAUAUUACAUUUCUAUCUCUGCUCCACGCUUGUAGUCAUGCAGGACUACUCCACAAAGGUAUGGAGUUCUUAGAAUCUAUGGAGAAAGCAUAUGGAAUGUGUCCAAGGAUGGAGCAUUACGCUAGUAUAGUAGACAUGCUUGGCCGAGCCGGGUUUUUAGAAGAAGCCAAGAACUUUAUAGAGGAACUACCUUUGAAGCCUGAUGUACUUGUUUGGCAGCCUUUACUCGGUGCUUGUGGUAUUUAUGGUGAUAUUGAUAUAGGAAAGUAUGCAGCUGACCAGCUAGCUCAUGCAGCACCUGAUAGCCCAGUACCAUAUAUUUCCAUGGCUAACAUUUACUCUUCUCGAGGGCGAUGGAAAGAAAGAGCAAGAACAGUCAAGAAAAUGAAAGAUAAGGGAGUAAAGAAGGAAACGGGAAUAAGUUGGAUUGAGAUUGAGAAAAAGAUUCACAGCUUCGUAGUUGCUGAUCAAAUGCAUCCACAAGGUGAUGGCGUUUAUGAUAUACUGCUAAUGUUGUUUGGACAUAUGAGAGAUGAAGGCUAUGUUCCGGACAGCGUUUUCAUCUCAGUCUACUCUAACCAAGAAGGAAGGGGUUAUUCCACAGAUUACCUGAAUUUAUCCAACUCCAUUGUAAUAUAGCAGUGGGUAACGAGCUGAAUGUUAUACGUGAACCUGAUGAGUUCUGGCAUGGCAUAUCGCAGAUACUUGGAGCCGGCUCGCUUUCCACAGGAGGACCAUUGGACAUUAAGCAUUGAGCAGCUCCUAAUGUGGAUGAUUAUUGAUGACAACACCCGAGUCCCCAUGAGAGAUGAUCAUCGUGUAGAGGCACACAUGGCUUAGUGGGUUCAUGGAUUACGAUGGUAUUUUGGGUAUCAUUACACAUGGGAUCAGGUUCGUAAAAAAUUCUAUGAAUUGAAGGAGCAGUUUCGUCAGUUCCACGAAAUCACUCAGAUACCAGGGAUUUAUUAUGAUGUUGAAACAUUUUGUAUGGAUUUUCCUGACGAGUUAAGACCACAUACGACACGAGUAUGUCAUGUUAUCGCUUUAAUUCAAUAAUUGCAAGCUAACAACUGUCAUUUCCAAAUUAGUAUUUAUUUUUCAAUGAUUGUUUGUUAAUAUGGACCUGUUGUAGAUCUACCCUUUGGCCAGACGGUACUAUCAGUACCCAGAGCCUCAUUACCCCAGCAUGCUCAAGAUAUAGGGUCCAAUUAGACUGCCACUUGGUCCAGCAGAGGUGCACAGUGAUAGGGGGCAUAGCCAAAGUCGUAAUGCACCACGUAGUUCUAUGAGAGGCGGCGAAGAAACCCCCAUUAUCAUCCGGGAUCCACUGCACCAACGACCCAAAAGUAUAUCCAUAUUGCCAGUUGGAAUGUAGUGGAAUAGGUAACUCGUGGGGAUGGUAGCCCAUGAUUGGUGCACAGUAUUUCAUUAGCAUCACAUCCAAGUCUAGACAUGGGUUCGGGAGUUGGCGGGAUUGGAUCAUGGACAGAUUACAUUCGUCACUUUGGAGUGCAGUUUGACUGUGGGGCCAUUUGCAUAGUGAGGGAGACAGUACAGCACGAUCGCGGCGACCACAUGAAAUUCCACCACGACCUUAAGUAUUAGCGGUGUUGUUGCAGAA